AAUUCCUUGUCUCCCGGUUCCCGGUUCCCGGUUCCCGGUUCCCGGUUCCCGGUUCCCGGUUCCCGGUUCCCGGUUCCCGGUUCCCGUGCUCCCCGAUGGUCUCUGAAGAAUGACGCCGAAAAGAGGGCCGGACUCCAGCUGUUCUGGCUUUACACCCACCAAAGGCAGCCUCAGAUAUCGCAGAAAGAAGCUUGACUUCUCUCAGACUGGAGGACAGCCGCAGGAGGAUGGGCACGGGCGAGUUUGCGUGUGUGACGCUGUGCGGCGGAGCACCUUGGGGAUUCACACUUCGCCAGAGCGCUCAAGACCCUCAACAUCCAAUCCAGCUGCUUCAGAUAGAGGAUGGUAGUCCUGCUGCCGUAGCUGGAUUGUGUGAGAAUGAUGAGCUGGUGUCAGUGAAUGGAAAGCCUUGCUCUAACCUCAGUCUCUCAGACGUUAUUGAUCUCAUUGAGGCCUCAGCUGACUGUCUACAGCUGCUUGUCAAAAGAUGCUGUAGUGAACCUCAAGAGAGCUUUGAAAUGGUUAGUACCACUUUUCGGAUCCCUUCUCCAUCCAGGCCUCAUGAGCCACAGGAACUAUACGCCUCUGAGUCCCAGGAUGAAGCAUAUUAUGGGGAGACAGACAGCGAUGGAGAGUGUCCGGCGAGGACUCGAUUGGUCCGGACCCAAGUUCAGAUACCUGCUUCUAGGAAUAAAAGUAGAGGCACCAAUGACCAGGGUGGUGGAGACACCAGUUUGGAUGUAACCCCAGGAUCUGUGGUCGAACUGCAGCUCUCGAUCUCCAAGACCACCUUGGAGGAGCCACACUGUACUGCAUUAGGCAGUGCUUGUGGAGUUGUGGGAGACAUCCAUCAAAGACAGACGGAUGAGAGCGUCAAUUAUACAACCACCGCAUUUACUCCAGGUAACUCCCUCUACAUACCCCGACGAGACCGGCAACCCCUUGGCCAGCGGGGUGUGUUGGUUAGCAUACCCCCUGCUUUGUCAGGACAGGUGGAGGUGACAGUGCAGCAGUUAUCUGGAAGCAGUUUAGGAAAGGAGGGGGUAGAGGCCAGUGAACGGUUGGAUUCUGGUGGGGAAGGAGGGCACAUUGAAGAAGCCCCCACCUCCUCAUCUGUGUCCUUUGGACUUCCCUCAGAGGAGUGGGACUCCGAAUCGGAGAGGGAGGUCAACGAGCCCAACAAGCACCGGGCAAGGCACGCCAGGCUCCGGCGCAGUGAGAGCCUUUCAGAGAAGCAGGUGAAAGAGGCCAAGUCCAAAUGCAAGCGCAUUGCUCUCCUGCUGUCGGCUCCUGCCCCCAACCCUAAUAACAAGGGGGUGUUGAUGUUUAAGAAGCAUAGACAAAGGGCCAAGAAGUAUACGCUUGUAAGCUACGGUACUGGCGAGGACGAGCCAGAUUAUAAGGACGACGAAGACGACAAAGAGGAGCACGCUGUUGAGUUCACUGUUCUAGCCACAAGUGAAACAGAAAUUGAUGAGGAUUUCUUUACCAAUGCCUCAGGCCAGAAAAGCAUUGUAAGCUUUGAUUGGGAUACUGGAUUACUUGAGAUAGAGCGCAAGCUUGACAACCAGCAGGGUAUGGAUGCACUACCUGACACCAAGGGGAAAGGAGCCCUCAUGUUUGCCCAGCGCAAACAGCGCAUGGAUGACAUAGUAGCAGAACAUGAAGAGAUGAGACGUAAGGGGAUCCCUGUUGAAGCAAUGCAGGAGACUGAGACACAUCAAGCAUACCAACACAUGGAGGAGCAGACUUAUAUGCAUGCACAAGAGACCCAGAAUUACAUGGAUGUUAAUCUACACCACGGCUUAUCGGCACAAAAGCAGCAACAGCAACAACAAUAUAAUCCGUACCAAGAACAGUACUAUCAACAACAGCAGCAGCAGCCGCAGUAUCAAGAUUACCAGCAGCAGCUACAAUACCAGCAACAGCAACAUCAGUACCAACAACAGCAAGACUACCAGCAACAAAAAAUGUACCAACACAUGCAAUCAUACGAUCAGCAACAACACUGCCAACAACAGCAAGUGCAACAGUAUUCACAUCAUAUGAAUGGCAUGUUCGAUCAGCAAAUGCAAAACGAAAUGCAGCCGUUAGUCACAAACAGGAGUGCCAAACCAUUUUCAGUUCAGAAUAGAGCGGCUGCUCCAUUUUGCACUUCAUCAAGUGCAGACAAUCAAGAACAGCCUGUGUAUUCAUUGGGACAAGGUGAACAGAUUGCUUCCCGUGAUGAGCGUAUAUCUGUGCCUGCUAUCAAGACUGGUAUCUUGCAAGAUACAAGGAGGAGGAGUGCCAAUAAGCCUAUGUUCACUUUCAAGGAGUCUCCCAAGGUUUCACCUAAUCCUGCUCUGUUGAAUCUCCUUAACAGGAAUGACAAGAAGGCAGGUUUUGAGUCUUGCCCAGAAGAAGAUUAUUUAAGCUUAGGAGCUGAAGCCUGCAACUUUCUUCAGUCUCCUAAGAUGAAACACAAAAUUCCACCACCAGUAGCUCCUAAACCUCACAUUAACCCUUCUUCUCCCCCAUGGUCUAUUCAACAAGAAACUACUGACCAACCCAUCCCACAGCAAACCGAAAACAGUGUCCCAGCCCCUGCAGAAGCUCCAGUCACAGGGGCUGAUGCUGCUUUUGCCCCUGCCCCUGAAAUGGGGGCCCCAAUGUUGUCUGAAGUAAAGCCUAUAUCGGCCCCUGAAUCCCAUGAUGUUUCACACUGUCCUGAACAGCUUCCUCCAGAUAAUGCCUGGAAACAACAAGAAUCCCAAAUGGAGCCGAACCAGCAACCAGAAACAUGGAAUGAGAAACAACACCAACCGCAAAUUAAUUCUGCUCCUGUCGCACCACCUGUUACACAGUCAGAUCCAUCUGUCAGAUCAUGGGAUCCAGCUCCAACCCAAGGUCAUCAGCAGAUUCCAGUAAGUACUUGGGGUCCAAAUGAGGUCCAAUUGCAAGUCCCAUCUCAAAACCAGUCUCAAAUACAGCCACAGUGGAUGACACAGUCGCAAGGUCCUCCAGAAGUACAAGUGCCUUCUAAAACACGAUCCCAGUCUUCUUGGGUGACACAGCCUCAAACUUCACCCCCAACCAAACAUCAACCACAGCCUCAGCCCCAAAUCAAUUCUUGGGCACCAAGUCCAAAUCAGUCAACCCCACAAGCUCCAUGGUCUCAGCCGCAUGAGCCGGCACAACCAUCUAUCAAUGUUUGGCAAAAAGAUCAAAAUCAAGCUCAGGAACAUCCAGCAUGGACCCAACAACAACAGUUCCAACAAUCCCAGUUAAUGCCACAUUGGGCGUCAUCCCCUCAGCAACAGCCACAGCCUUCUUGGACUCAAUCUCAGACGCAGUCACAGCCCCAACCACCUUGGGUCUCUCAGGCCAAACAGCAAGAGCCAACACAGCCAUCUGCAAAUGCAUGGACUCAGCCACAGAGCCCAAUUCAAGCGCAGCCUCCAUGGGCUCAGCAGACUCAACCUCCACCUCAGCCCACAGCACCAGUGCAGCAACCCACGAAUCCUUGGACACCAAUGCCAACCCAAUCCCAACCACAACCACAGUGGGGACAAGAACCCGCUUCUCAACAUCCUCAACAAGCAAUGAACUCUUGGACACCAGCACAGAAUCAAAUUCAGCCUCCCUGGGCUCAGCCACUCCCACCAACUCAGCCUCAGGCACAUCCUCCAUGGGCACCGAAACCUCAACAGCAGGCAUCACAGCCACCUGUGAGCCAGUGGGCACCACCACAGUCUCAGUCUCAACCGGCUGUAAAUACUUGGGCACCCCAACACCAACAGAGUUCAGUUAGAAGCAUUGCCCAAAAUGAAUCCCAGAAAUUGCCUCCCCAACCAAUCAAGCCAUGGAGUCCAACUCAGAGCUCUCAGUCCACUCCUCCACGACGAAUGAACUCAUAUACCACUGGGACAAAGGCGCCAUCUCCUGUUCCAACAAGUAGUACUAUGGCCUCUGGUUUUGGGUCAGCAUUUGAGAUGCCAGCCUUGAGAGGGAAAGGAGCUGAACUGUUCGCCAAGAGGCAAUCCAGAAUGGAGAAGUACAUUGUGGACUCUACCACAGUGCAGAAUAAGGCACUUAGGAGCUCAUCCUUGUCACCACCGGUCAGACUUUCAGCAGUGGGUCUCAAUCCCAGGUCUGUUUCAUCUUCUCCAUCACCCAGACCUGCAUCCCACACUGUUUCCAUUCGGCCACCAGUGGGACAGACCACCUGGAUAGACAGGGGUCACAAGGCACCCACCCCCUGGGAAGCUGCCUCACGCCACCCACUGGGGCUCGUGGAUGAAGCCUUUACAUUUCUGGACAUUCAGCAGUCCAUUGCCUCCAACCUGCGCUAUGCUGCUAAGAGUAAGCUUUUACCCGAGCCUCCGGCCGAGUGGAAGGCAAAGGUCGCAUAUGAACCUCCGUUAAAAAACCAAAAAGACAGUUUAAGUCAAUCACCUUUGAUUUUUCUGUCCCCAACCAAGAGCACAGCGUCGGCACCAGCGGGUCCCGUCCCAUAUGGGUCAGGGUCACCCUUUAGACAACCCCAAAGGUCAAUGACAGAGGCUAAUCUUGGGCCUUUACUGGCCGAUCCGAAGGAAAUGGGGCCUCAUAGACUGAGACUCUAUAAAGCCAAAGAUAGCAGUACUUGGAGACAUUGAAGGAGAGCCAGAAAGCCAUUUAUAUGCAAGUGAAAGUGAAAUCAAAUAGGAAUUAAUAUUUCUGGAAAGUGAGUAAAGUAACAUUAUUAUGGCUACUAUUGAACAAGAAAGACAGAGAAGUUGAUAUUGCACAAUGAGGGUCCAUGAAAGUCAGAAGAUGAUACGAGAAGUUGAGUUUAUGAAGAUUAUUAGUGUUACAGCUUGCUUUUGAAAUUCACACUUACGAUAAUCACUAAUUGUGAUCAGUGAAUAUGCAUCCCCUUGUGAAAAAGAAGUACAUUUAAGCAUAUUUUGGUAACACUUGAUUUUAACCCUCUGGGGUCCGAGGGUGUUUUUGGGGCCCUGGAGAAGUUUUGACAUGCUCUGACAUUUGUACUUUUUUUCAGUUGCUUAAAAACAUAUUAAUAGUUAAAGUCUUAUUACACUGUAUUCAGCACAAACUGGGCUACAAUAACAUGUGAGCAGCAUGUAUGGACAUGAUUGUGUUUUUGAGAAAGCAACGUUUAUGCGUGGUUAGUGAAAAAAAUAUGAUUAAGUCACUGAUAUAAGGCCAUUACACGUUACAUGUACUUACUAUUAUAAUAACAAUAAAGUAUGCAUAAUUACAUGCAAGUAACCCUAAGCCAAACCCUAACCAUAUAGUAAGUACAUGUAGUUAAUUAAUAUUAUUCAGUACUUAAAUGUAUAAUUACACUGUAACAAUGACACCUUAAAAUAAAGUGUAACCCAUAUUUUUAAAAAGAGUACUUAUUAUGGAAAUAAUAUUCAGUGCAAAUGUAUAUACUUAAGUGCAAACUGAAUGCAAUGUUUUGGACACCUAACGCAUGCUAAUUGAAAUUAAAUGAAAAUGUAUAUUUAGCUGAACUUUAAAAUGCUUUUUUGACCCAAGUAAGUAUAGGAUGAUCUUAAAAGUGUACUUAAGUGCGUUAAGAAACACAGUCAUGAACAUGCACUCUUUCUAAGUAGACUUAAGUGGCCUUUUAUUUCACUAAUUAUAUCUGCAAGUUCAGUUUUUUUUUUUUUAAUAAAUAUUAAGAUUUGAAGCACACAACAAGUGCACAUUUGAUACAAUUAAGUGCUUCUUUUUCUCAAGGGUCAUGCAUUCAGUUUUAAAGUAUUGCACUAAUGAAUGAGGCAAAGUGAUUGUGCAUGAUACAUGCUAAAGAAAUAAAACAUUAUACAUCUUCAUAGUACAUAAUGUAAAUGCUAGUGUGAGACACAGUUCAGCUUGUAUAAUCACAAAUUAACAGCACAUUUUAAAUUACUGCAUUAAAGUUCCCCUAUUAUGGGUUAUGAAAGGUUCAUAUUUUGGUUUUGGGAGUCCCCAACAACAGGUUGACAUGCAUGCAAGGUCAAAGAAAACACUUUCAUUGUCUUAUUAUAUGCACUGAUUUUUACCUUACUUGCUCAACGACUCCCAAACGAUUCGCUCAACGAUUCAUUUUUCCAAACCCCUUUCAAAUCCAUAAGAGGGGCACUUUAAAAUAAUACUAUAAUGGGGAUGUCUCUAUUGUAGUGGUGUAGUGAUUCUAAAAUUAGAGAGAGAAGAAACUAAUUUUGUUUGUGUGCUACAAAGCUAUUAAGCAGAAACUGUUGAAUCAGUAACAGCCGUACUUGUUACAUAAGCUUCACUUUAAAAGAUUAAAUCAUUCUUUGGUGACCCAGCCUGACCCUUCACCACACGCCCUGCUGCACCAGAUUCACUUCAACUAAUUCAAUCUCCGUUUUGCUGUUAAUAAAUAAAUAACUGAACAUUCCUUACAAGUGUUGUGCUGUGAAUGUUUUUUUGUCUGUGAGGUUUCACAAUGCAUGCUCUCAAUCCACUUAAAAAUGAUGUUCAUUUCUACUCUGCGAGUUGUCCAUACUUUUAUUUCUUUAUUCUACGACUGAAUAUUUCUUCAUGAAGGAUACCAGCAAGCUAAACUUUCACACGUUUGAUUUAUAAAAUGUUGAUCAAUAUACAAAAAGAUUUGUUGAACUGUCAAGUGCAUCAGAGAGGAGUUCAGUAUUGUGAACUGUUUGAUUUAUACAUUCUGCAGCUCCACGUUCUGUAUGUGGCUGAAAUAAAACCAUGCUUUGCACUUGUAUUAAAGGAACAUGUUAAAAAGCUUA